AUGGGUCUCUCUUACUCGACUAUGGCUAUAGUCAAGCUAGCGUUUGCGGCUUGGUUUCUCGCAUGGCUAUCGCGACUAGUAUAUGAUCUAAUAGUUCCUUCUUUCACCAAAAAACAGAAACCCAUACCGCCCGAAACCUCAAAAUUCAUUCAAGACCAAAGACGUGUCGCCAACUUUGGGUUUCUCCCAGAUAAGAGCCUAGAGAACCGGCUUAUAGCCCGAGCAAUACCAAAUGAGCGGCUAGUCGAGGUAUAUGGCAUCGACAAUUCGUUUACUACUACGAGCGCAACUGCCUACCGAAGAUUCCUUUCAGGGGUCAAACGUAUACUCCCAAACUCGAAGACGGAGAAUUGGCCCAGGUUCUUCGAAGCGGCCUCGACAGCAUUUGGUCUUACCUUGGACCAACUUUCUAACACGAGAGGUUCGCUUCCCCUAGCGGCUUUUGUCAGACAGCUGGUUUUCCUUACGACGCUCUAUUCGUUUUUCGAUGUGAACCCUGAAGAUGUCAAUCUCGAGGACGUGGGAGUCGCAACUAUUGCAAUUAAUGAUCUUUGGGUGUAUUCGAAAACCGAUACCUCGCCGGAGAUACUACAGGCAAGUCGGACACAGCUUAAAGGGGCAUUGCGGCGAAUACUCCCGAACAGAAGCACUACGGAUAACCCCCUGAACAUCAUCAUCCCGGCCUACGAGACGAUGUGGCGCGUCGUUUUACUGACGUAUAUCACCGCCGGAUUCCGAGACGUAGACCAAGACACGGCAGACCAGUUCCGACAGGUUGUCCAAGGCGUGCCGGAAUGUUUUGAAAGAGGAAGCUCUGACAACGUAGCGACAAUGGCGAUGAACUUUUCCAAGGAAGGUCUUCGUCUAUACCCCCCCACAAGGCGAAUCUACCGGGACUUCGAUGGCGAACAGCAGACGGCCGACAUCCUGCAAUGCCACCGGGACCCCGCGAUCUGGCGCGACCCGGAGCGGUUCCGGCCGGGGCGGUUCGCGCCGGGGGAAUUCACGGCCGACAUGAAGCGCGCGUACCUGCCGUUCAGCAUCGAGCCGCACAAAUGCCCGGCCGCGGACAGGUUCGCGCCUCACGUCAUCGUCAUCUUGGUAGUGAUAUUGGCGAAGGGGCUGGGGACUCUGGAGUCGGGUGCGGAGGUGCGGUUUGGGGAUGAGGAGCUGGAUAGAGAUCGGAGUGCGGUGUUGCCGUCUGGGAGAUUGGAUACGGAGGAGUGGACGCUACGGGUGAGGAAGAAGAACGUCUGAGUACCUAAGGUAGGUAGAUAAACUAGACUAUGGAGAUAUCAGGUGUAUUUCACCGGCGCCGAAUUUAUUACAGAAGAAGAGAAACGUGUACCUAAUGAAGGAGGUCUUUGUGGUAGCACGACGUUUGGGGAUGCAGGGCUACCUAGUUACACUCCGGGAUAAGACGUCCUAGAAAGCGCCUUAGUACUACCAAUUAUACAUAGAUAUUUGGUUCUUUUUAGGUACAUUCUUUUUCUGGGGUCUCUUCAACACUUAUUUCCUAGUAUAUUACCCUAAGUGUUUCCAUCUUGUAGAUUGGUCGAAAGUAAUAUUAUUUUUUCUUUUAAUAUCCUCUCCGCGUCCAUCUAAUUUAGAUCCUGUCAUCCG